AUGGGUUCUAUCCUGAGAAUUGCUGCUCUACUGUGCCUUGCCCUGCCAAUUUCAGCCGUACCUUUCGACCAACAAAUCAUAACCAGACCUAAUGAUGGAUCUCAGCGCAUCAAGAACAUCAUGACCCCAGAGGCGUCUCAUGGCGGCUUAUAUCUAUGUUCCGGUGCCGGUUUCGUGGGCCACUGCGAGUACUAUAGGACUGCCUUUGGAAGUUGCAUUACCAUAACCGAUCAAUUCCCAACUGGCCAAGGUGGUGUCAACGGUGUUAAUGCUGCUGGUGCCGACCGUGGGUCCUGGUGUACCCUAUAUGCAAAUUCGAACUGUCAAGGAUCCGAGCUUCAAGUCCAUUAUCCUGGCUAUGAUGACUUGCGCAAGGUCCAGUGGAGGGCUAAGGCUCGAAGCUACAACUGUGCUGCAGAGUGA